AUGACUUCUAGUCUGAAGACAUUCAUUCAUUCCUUGGAUCCAAAAUCUCUUCCUAGGAUUCUGCAGAUCCAGUCUGGUUUUUAUGAUGAAGGCUCAGUUUCUGAGACGUUUGGCCAUGAAAGCUGCUUGUCUACUGGAGAUGUGAUUAAAGUUGUUGACUUAAAAGUAAAAAAACUCAGUGCGGGUAAAUGUGAAUGUGAAGAUGGCAGCCUAUGCUCUCCUGCUUCAGUUGACCUACCUCUAGAUUUUCCAGGUUUUUGCAGGUUAGUGGCGGAUAAAACUCCCUAUGUUAAUGUUGAAGAAAUUGUGAGAAAAGUUUCCAUUGGACCAACACAACUACAAGAUCCUUGCUUCUAUAGUUCUGUGGAUCUUGAAGUAGAAAAUCUCAGCAUCCACCAGGGUGAGAAGAUCAUAUUCAGUUCCGUGGAAGACAACAAUGGGACAUUGACUGUCAGCUGCAGAGUAGACAGGAAUAACCGAUGGCAUGCCUUUCUUCUACCUAUCUCACAAGAAGGUGACUUCUAUGAGUCAGAAGAUAACAAGAUUUAUUCCCUGAAAGAAGUUGCUGAAUGGAAAAUCUCAAAGAGCAGAUGCAGACAUGUGGUAUUUACUAAUAUUUGCUGUAUUCAAAAACAUACCAAUAAAUUCCCAGUGGAUUUUGAUGGCUGUGUUGUUCUAUCACCAAUAUAUGAAGUACAUGCAGUGAUGAAAUUUCAAAAAGAAAUUGUUUGCUUCCUUUCUGAUUUAGACGUUGAAGUCAAGGAUGUAACAGACUGUUACAAUAUUAACAGUUUUCUUCAGCCACUAUCAAUGAAAGAUAUAUUAAAAAGGACAGACAAUGAUUUCCCUAUUGUUGUUGCAGUAAUUGAAGGUCCCAGGGGAAACAAGCAACCAUUUAGUUUAUUGUGUCCCAGCAGAGAAAUAGUCAUUUACAAAAAGCAUCAGGCAAAAAGAAUCUUAGCUUCUGAGAUAAAGAGUCGUUUCCAAAAAAGACACUUUUUGAUUCCUACCAACUACAAAGGGAAGUUCAAAAGAAAACCCCGGGAAUUUCCAACUGCCUAUGACCUAGAAAUUGCAAGGAGUAAAAAGGAGGAACUCCAUGUUAUAGCAACCAAAGCUUUUGAGUUUCCUCAUGAAGAACAGUGUUCUGUCUCUAUUGGAGACCAGUUUUUAGUCCCACGGUGCCAGACAAGUGAAGUUGAUCAGAAAAGGAAAAAAGUGGCGAAUUCUUUGGCCUGUGAACAAAUCUUGUUGCCAAAUAAAACAUACAAGGAAGUGUUUCUUCCAAUGUGCAUGGAAGGUAGCUUUGUUGAAAUUGUCCAUGAUAGGAAACAAUAUGAACUUUGGGAGAUUUGCAAAGAUUUGUGCAUGCCAUUCAAUGUCAGAGUCUCCAUAAGGGAUCUUUCUAACCAAGAGGACAUUUUGGCUGGUAUACAGAAUCUGCAGCUUGAAGAAGAGAUCACAGAUACUUACUUGUUAAUUAGCAACUUUAAUAACCCCACAGAAAUCUGGGAAGUCCCUGUGCAUCGUGUCAAUAUGGUUGCCCAGUUGCUCAGUGAAGAUGCUGAAGAUAUUGUGCUUUUCCCAGGAAAUAGUAUCGUGGAAGAGAUUACAGAAGAACAAUAUUACAUGGUAAGAAAAUAUGAAAUGGAAACAAAAAAUCCACCACCCAGACCUCCUAAAGCUCCUAUAAUAGAAGAAUCAAAGACAUCUUUUUCUGCUAUACCAGCACAAAAUUCUUGGGAUACACCAAGACCUAUAAAGGUGCUAUUUGGUUGA